AUGCAACAUGCCUCCAAGUCUGUUGGACGGAGCUUCCGCGGUCGGAUUGGCAGUGAUAAUGUUGCACAUCCCUUCAAACGAGGUCUCCUUCUCCUCGUUCUCUUCCAGGUACUUCAUGAACGAGCACCACGUGACCAAAACCUGUCCCACGUAGGAGCCCAUGCUGGCGGCGUUGUUCAGACCAAUACGGCCAAUGGUGAUCGACGCGUUGUCCAGAAUGGUUUGCUCGACGUCGGUGCUCAGCAGCAGUGGGACAAGAACGUUCAUAAAGUUCACCAAGUACUGCUUGAACACCUCUCCCGGCAAACGCAUGCUGAUCUCUCCCAAAGCCCACACGGCGUUGUUGCAAGCAGCGGUCGAGUCAAACGUUCUGUUGGUGAUCUCGUUACCAAUGCAAACCAUCACCUGGUGGAGAUUCGACGUCACAAUUGGGUCCAGCAGGAAAAUCGCAAGGUCACCCAAAAGAGCGUACGCACUUUGACGAACAUCGUCUGUUGGGUCGUCAAAGCACAGAAUCACCAGCUUCAUCAAAGAAACAUCGUUCGUGUCAAACUGCUGGAUCAGCUCCGCGCUGUGUGUGUUGAGUCCCUGCACUAA